AUGAAAUUACUUCGAUUAAUAAUUGGAGAAAAUUUUCCGUUCAAGUCGUUCCUCAACCAGUUCUUGUCUGCCAUCGCUGUCAAUAUCAUCACAAUUAGCCAUGGGGCUGCCCUUGGGUGGGUGUCUCCGUUUCUGCCCUAUCUACAAUCCAGCGAAACACACCUAACGUCCGGGGAGGUGACCAUCGAGCAAGCCUCCUGGAUAGGAUCUCUCCUAUCCAUCGGUGGAUUCAUUGGAGCGCCAACGUAUGGAUUUCUGGCCGACCGGUUCGGUAAAAAGCGUGGCCUGCAGCUGCUUGUAAUUCCGUAUGUGGCUUCCUGGCUAUGCAUCCUUUGCGGACCCAAUGUAUACUACAUCUAUCUUGGACGAAUUCUGGCAGGAACCGCUGGAGGAGGAGUGUACCGAGCAAUUCCUCUGUACAUUGCAGACAUCGCCCACAACAAGCUCCGUGGGAUGUUGGGCUCGCUGUUAAUUAUAUCCCUGAACGUUGGAUUUCUGUUGGGAUUUGUGUUCGGAAGCUACUUGUCGUACUUCACCGUACCUGUCGUGAUGCUCGCGGCACCUACCAUAUUUCUUCUAUGCACCUUUUUUAUACCGGAAACACCCUACUGUUUGUUGGAACGGCAUCUAACCGAGCAAGCAGAACAAUCAUUGAUGUUCUACCGUGGCAUCUGGAAGAACUGCCAAAAGACUGAUGAUUUUAAGAUGGAAUUUGAGCAGCUACAAAGAUCAUCACAAACGGCAGAAGAAAUUCUCAGAGAGCGUAGUAUCAAUUGGCGAGAUUUUUGUACAAAACAAGCCCGCAAGGGAUUGGGAAUUGGAACAUUUCUAAUGGCACUGAAUCAGUUCAGUGGAUCGUUAGCCAUCAUGACAUACACGGCAAAUAUUUUUCAAGAAUCCGGUUCGGACUUAAGCCCAAAUGCGUCUUCAAUCAUCUUAGCUCUGAUUCAACUGAUCGGCACAAUUGUAUCUUUUAUUUUGGUGGACAAUCUAGGCCGCAAGGUUCUUCUACUGAUGUCUACUAUAGGAGCUACCGUUGGUUUAUUUUGCAUGGGACUUUUCUCAUUCCUGCAACUGAGUGGCUCUCUACCGAUUCUAAGCUUGUCGUUCACCAUUCUGUUCUUGUCGUUUGGAAUAUUACCGCUACCGCAUGUUAUUUUGGCCGAGGUACUUCCACAAAAAAUUCGUAGCAUCGGUAGCACUAUUGGCACUUUGAUGUUCUCGGCGAGUGCGUUCGUUAUUCUCAAGCUAUUUCCAAUCAUGAUCGACCGAAUUCAUCUUUAUGGAACGAUGUGGUUCCACACUUCCAUCUGUUUCAUAGGAAUUUUCGUUAUUUUAUUUAUUGUACCAGAAACGAAAGGAAAGAAUCUAUUGGGUGCUGAAGAUAAGUCAGAACCGACCAUGCAAAUUAAGAGAAGAGAAAUGAAAUUACUUCGGUUAAUAAUUGGAGAAAAUUUUCCGUUCAAGUCGUUCCUCAACCAAUUCUUGUCUGCCGUCGCUGUCAAUAUCAUCACAAUCAGCCAUGGGGCCGCCCUUGGGUGGGUGUCUCCGUUUCUGCCCUAUCUGCAAUCCAGCGAAACACAUCUGACGUCCGGGGCGGUGACCAUCGAGCAAGCCUCCUGGAUAGGAUCUCUCCUAUGCAUCGGUGGAUUCAUUGGAGCGCCAACGUAUGGUUUUCUGGCCGACCGGUUCGGUAAAAAGCGUGGCCUGCAGCUGCUUGUAAUUCCGCAUGUGGCUUUCUGGCUAUGUAUCCUUUGCGGACCCAAUGUAUACUACAUCUAUCUUGGACGAAUUCUGGCAGGAACUGCUGGAGGAGGAGUGUUCCGAGCAAUUCCUCUGUACAUUGCAGACAUCGCCCACAACAAGCUCCGUGGGAUGUUGGGCUCGCUGUUAAUUAUAUCCCUGAACGCUGGAUUUCUGUUGGGAUUUGUGUUCGGAAGCUACUUGUCGUACUUCACCGUACCUGUCGUGAUGCUCGCGGCACCUACCAUAUUUCUUCUAUGCACCUUUUUUCUACCGGAAACGCCCUACUGCUUGUUGGAACGACAUCUAACCGAGAAAGCAGAACAAUCAUUGAUGUUCUACCGGGGCAUCUGGAAGAACUGCCAGAAGACUGAUGAUUUUAAGAUGGAAUUUGAGCAGCUACAAAGAUCAUCACAAACGGCAGAAGAAAUUCUCAGACAGCGUAGUAUCAAUUGGCGAGAUUUUUGUACAAAACAAGCCCGCAAGGGAUUAGGAAUUGGAACAUUUCUAAUGGCACUGAAUCAGUUCAGUGGAUCGUUAGCCAUCAUGACAUACACGGCAAACAUUUUUCAGGAAUCCGGUUCGGACUUAAGCCCAAAUGCGUCUUCAAUCAUCGUAGCGCUGAUUCAGCUGAUCGGCACGAUUGUAUCUUUUAUUUUGGUGGACAAUCUAGGCCGCAAGAUUCUUCUACUGAUGUCUACCAUAGGGGCUACCGUUGGUUUAUUUUGCAUGGGACUUUCCUCAUUCCUGCAACUGAGUGGCUCUCUACCGAUUCUAAGCUUGUCGUUCACCAUUCUGUUUUUGUCGUUUGGAAUAUUACCGCUACCGCAUGUUAUUCUGGCCGAGGUACUUCCACAAAAAAUUCGCAGCAUCGGUAGCACUAUUGGCACUUUAAUGUUCUCGGCGAGUGCGUUCGUUAUUCUCAAGCUAUUUCCAAUCAUGAUCGACCGAAUUCAUCUAUAUGGAACGAUGUGGUUCCACACUUCCAUCUGUUUCAUAGGAAUUUUCGUUAUUUUAUUUGUUGUACCAGAAACGAAAGGAAAAAAUCUAUUGGGUGCUGAAGAUAAGUCAGAACCGACCAGUUGAGAAAGAAAAUUUUUCAGAAAUAAAGCUAAA